AUGCAGGACACACGCGCCGUGACACAUUGGAAGGCGGGGCCGGCAGCACGACCGCACCCUGUAGCGAGUCACCCCAGUGAUGACGAGGAACUUCUCUCCUCGCUGUGCUUCCUGCACCGGAUGGCAAACGUGUUUGAGGGGCAAGGCAACUACGCCGAGUGCGUCAAAAGUGCCGAGUCAGCGCUGCUGCUGCGGCAGGCAAACGCUGAAGCCGUAGGCAGCGCCUUAGUGAAGCGACGGUGUGCCCUAGCAAAACUAACGUCCCGCCGCUACGCUGCAAAGGUGCGACGUGGGGCACCAAGCACCGGAGAAAGAGACGACGACUACGUGCCCCUCACGGGCGAUGGAGACGUGGCGCUACCAGUGAACAUCUCUCUGCAAGCUCAAGAUCUGGUGUUGCGGUGCAACAGCUACGCCGUUGAGGCUCUCCAGCACGCCCAAUACGAUGGCGUGGCGUUCUUCCUCAACCGCGCUAUGUUCCUCACCGACGGAGACGAGGUCGCGCAGCAAGACGAUUUGCCGACGGAUAGCGCAGGUGGCGGCGUCGUCUCUAAGCAAUGGUGGUGGCGCACGGUGUUGCAAUUAAGAGCGCCGCAGCCAGAGCCCCGGUCAGUGGCCGCAGCCGUUGAUUCCACUGGCCUCGACGCGCUGGAACACACGCAGGACGAGGUGAAGCACGCUACGGCAGCCACGGCGGCUGCGUUUCGCGCGUGCUUUGGGCCGACGCCACACGAUCAGCAGCUGCGCCUCUCUCUCCGUGCAGCCACACUGAACCACCUCGGCUGUCUAGAGCAACACCGUGGGCGGCCCCGCGCCGCUGUGGUGUUUCUGCGCAUGGCGAUACAGGUCCAGGUCCAGCUGGAGGAAAGUCGUCGAGUUGACGGCGACGCCGUUGCCCAAGCCUUGACAAACGCGGAGCGAUGUGACGUCAGCCGCAGCCGCGGCACCGUAGGCAUCGCCUCAACCUACCUGAAUCUGUGCACGGUGUUGAAUGAGCUGGAACAGCACGCGGAGGCGGUGCAGGUAUGCGAGCGAGUACUUCCGCUGCUGCAGCAGGCACUUCUGGAGUGCUCCAAUGCCCCUACGAGGGUGACAGCGGAAAACGAAGCGGCUCUGCACACGCAGAAACAACGCCAGCAAGAGGCAAAGGAAACACAGGCCCGCAUUGCCACGAUGCUCGCAGUUGCGUACUACAGCUUUGGUGCUUCACUGGAGCGGCGCGACGCCGCUGGAGGCAACGCGGAAGCUCAGCGGUGGGCCUUCCAGGAAGCCAUUCAGGUAUGUCACCGCUACCGCCUCGUACCAGCAUUGUGCCGCACGAUUGAGCAGGUAAUGCAGGCACUUAGGCACCCGGGCACGGCCACCGGUGUAACGGUGGAAGGCAGUCGCGGAGAACCCUCACCCACCGAUUCUUUGGUAGCGAAAGCCUGUGCCAGCACUGUGGACCGCCGUGGAAUCGAUGGGUCCGCUUCGCACCCUGUACCGCCCCCGAUGAACCCCUCCUCUUGGGUCGCGUCGUUGGCUGCAACGCCGAUGGCGGACGUGUUGCAGUCCGGCGCACCCGCCGCAUAUGACGCGCCGCCUCACUGUCCGCUGCAGCAACCAUCGCAGAUGGGGCUCAAGCGACCACCUUUACUGCCUAUACGAAACGGGGCUGCCCAUGCUGCUUCACCACCACCGCCGCUGCAGCCACCGGCACCGUCGGCGCUCCGUCGGCCAAGCAGCCACGGCUCACCGCUCCCCCCGCGGCAGCCAACACCGGCGUCGUCGCACUCCACUGGCCAACAGAACGUGAGGCGUUCGCUUCUAGUAUCGCCAGCACCGCGAUUACCUCCGCCUUUGCUCGAGCCGCUCUCCAUCAACGGCCAGCAAGGUAGCGGCGUGAGCCUGGCAGCUACCGCGCCGCCAGUCAUUCCACUGGCGCAGCGGCGCUCUUUGCUCCUCGGAGCCGCGAGCGGUUCUGCGCCACCGACGUUGAACGCCACCGGCCGGAGCGCCGCUAACCCCUUCGGGCGUCGCACCUUCGGCAGUACCGCCUCACUAUCCGGGGCCCUGCCACGCAACAGUUUGCGCACCUCGCUCGCCGGCCUCACCAUUGGAACUGCCAACACCCCUGCUGGGCUCACACUGAACCCGCCACGCGGUGGCCGGCUGCAAGCCUCGAUGAACGACCGGCAGCGGGCGCUGCAUAACGCAAAGAGGCUGGAGUCGAAGCGGCAGAAGAGCCUCAUGCGGCGGCAGCAGCUCGAGACUGCCAUGGCAGAUGCCGAGCUGGCCGAGAAAAUCUUUCAACAGCUGAUUAGCGACAAGGAUAGGACGGAAGUUGAGCGCUGCCGCCACGCCGCCGUGCAGAUUCAGCGCAUUUGGCGUGGGGUGCUGGCGCGGACGUGGGUGGCGAUGUUGAUCGCAGCCGCUGUGCGACUCCAGCGCGUGGUGCGCCGCUUUCUCAUCCGUGUCCGCGUGCAGCAUGCCCUCGAGGCAGAGGACCGCGCCCGUCGGCAAGCGGAGGAGUUGGCACGGCAGGAAGCUGCCUGUCGCGUCUUGCAAGCACGGGCGCGCCAGUUUUUCCGCCGGCUGCAGAUUCUCCGUGAGUACCGCGCGAACCAGGCACGACACUACUACGCAGCCCGCACCAUUCAGCGCGGCUACCGCGCCUUUUGUGAGCGGCGUGUUGCCUUCCUCAUCGCCAGAGCAGAGGAGCACCGAUGGGAGGAUGAACAGCAGAAGUUCCACCGCAAGGUGGCUGCCCGUCGCAUCCAGAGUGCCUACGUGGAGUACCGCACGAAGCGAGCAGAGCUCGACGAGCUCCGCGCGCGCCAGCGCCGUAUCCGGGCCGCCGUUCACAUCCAAGCUGUCGUGCGCGGCUACCUCACUCGUGCGUGGUACGCCUACUACCGCGUGUACCGCCGUGACCAGGAGGUACGUUCGGCAGCGAUGCAGAGCAGGCUGGUGAUGAUCCAGAGUGCCUGCCGCGCUAUCUGCUCCGCCUACUUUGGUCAGCAGCGCGCCUUGAAUGCUCUCUUUGCCAUACAGGAGGCGCGCCGACAUCGGGCAGCGACUCGGCUACAGUGCCUCUGGCGGUGCCACGUCGCCAAGAUCCGUCAUGCGCGUCUGCAAGCAGAGCAUAACCGUCUCGUGCGCCAGGCAAUACGCAUCCAGUGCUGGUACCGCAUGAGAGUGAUACGGCGUGUGUUCCUAGUGUACAGAGCAGAGCAGCUGCGCAACCGCGCAGCAUCGCGCGUGCAGCAUUGGUUACGUGAGUGCUGGCUGGCGGCGAAGGCACGCGAAUUUGCCGUCUACCACGCCGAACUUCUGCGUCAGCAGCAGCGGCAGCAGCUUCAGGCGCGCUCCAUCAUUGUCCUGCAGGCAUGCUGUUCAGCGUGCCUUAGCGACCGACUUGUUGCGAGUGUGCGCCGCACGUACCAGCGCCACGAUUUCGUCGCGCGAGUGUGGCAACGGGUCGGUCGUGGGUUUGCCGCGCGCUGCGAGAUGGCAUUGGAGCGGCGCGCUGCGUACUGGGUCGCUGUCGAGGAACGCGAGGGAGCGCGGCGUACAGCCGCCGCGUACGUGUUGCAGCGGGCGUGGCGCUGUGCCGUGGCAAAGGACAAGGUCGAGCACAUGCGCCGCGAGGUGGCCGCCGCUGACGUCAUUAUGCGUGCGUACCGCGUGUACAGAGCAGGAGUGCAGCUUUCUGAGCUGCGCUGCGCGCGUCAGUUUCGCCUGGAGAGCGCCGCUGCCCGCCGCAUCCAGAGCGCUUUCUCUGACUUUCAGCAUCGUCAGCGCGCGAAGGAGAUGGAUGCUUACUACCGCGGUGAGCACCGGAAGAAGAUGCGUCAUCUGCGCCGGCAGGAGGCGGCCGUCAUGAUCCAGUCGCUCUGGCGCGGGCACGUCACCCGCAAGGCGGUGGAGCAGGAGCAAGAGGAGCGGCAAGCCUUUUCGGGCGCUGCUCUGCGCAUCCAGCGCGCGUGGCGCUCGCGGCGCUCGCGGCGGCAGCUGAACUGCGAGCUGAACCAACGCAUCGAGAAGCGGACCCAUGAUGGGGAUGCAGCGCUGGUGGUGCAGUGUUUCUGGCGCAAGAUGAUGGCGGCUCGGCGCGUGGCCCACCUGCGCGUCGUGACGCAGCAGCGCCUCGUGGCAGCGGUGCAGAUUCAGAUGUGGUGGCGCGUGCAGCUCGCCAAGCGCGAGUUUGCGCGACGUCGCAUCAUGCGCCGCGAGGAGGCUGCGCUUGAGCUGUACUAUGCCAUGCAGUGGGAGGCGCGUGUGUCCCUGGUGAACUCCUUCGUGCGAACGUGUCAGGCGCAGGCGCUCGCGCGCGAUCGCCUUCACGACUUCCUCGUCGGGCAGCUGACGGAGGCGGCGCGGCAACGCUUCGUUAAUCGGCACGCGGCCGCCACAAAGGUUCAGGCUGUCUACCGCGGCUACUACGAGCGCGUGUAUGUGCGCAGGCUUGUGGCGCAGGCUCGCGAAAAGGCGCGGCGUACGGCUGAGUUGGCGGCGCGCCAGCAGCGGGCUGCUAUAGUGAUUCAGUGCGCACACCGCUGCGCGAGGGCACGGCAGCAGCUCGCCGACAGGAAGCAGGCGGAGCUAGAGCGGGUGCUUGUGAGUCACCAAGAGUAUGCAGAGAAGGCCGACCCGGCCGAGGUGGUGAGGGAGCUCUUCUGGCUCAACAAGGCGCACCAGCAGCGCGAGGCUGGCAACACGCGCCUUCGAGAAGUGGAACGGAAGCGCGCUGCGGCCGCGUCGAUUCAACGCGUCUAUCGCUGCUACAAGUCUCGUCAGCAGUUAGUGACGGUCGCGGAGCUGCACAAGCGCGAGCGGGCAGCGCGGCUUCUGCAAGAUUGCUGGCGGCACUACCGCAAUGUCCUCCAUGUCAAGAAGCGCCAGCGGAGACAGGCAGCAGCCACGCGACUGCAGUGCCGCAUUCGUGGCUGGCUAGUGCGGCGAAACUGGCCCCUGUGGCGCGCCGCCUCUACGGCGGCACGCCAGGAGCGCGUUCUUUUGCAAGACAUGCUGGACCGCGCAGCGAUCAUUAUUCAGGGCUUUUGGCGGCUUGUACAAGCGCGCCGAGCAGCGGCGCGUCGGCGGCAGGCUUACCACGAGCGGUACAACCUGCGUGCGCGGCACGAGGCCGCGACGGUCAUCCAAAGCACGUUCCGCGAACACCAGCACCGGCGCAUCGCACGCACGCUAUGA